CGAAAGAUCGGCUCUGAAUCGUUUUUCAGACGUUCGACAAGUAACAGCGACACGCCACCGUUCCACGAUGAGGAAAAGUCUACUCUUAAUUACGGUGCUGAGCGCAAUUUCUCUGAAAGAAACUCUUGGCAAACCAGCGGAGAUCGCAACAAGUCCCGAUGCGUUGGAGCCCGUUGCUCUGGCCGCGAAUAAUUCGUCGGAAGAAGAUACUAAGCGAGAGCAAAGAUCACCACAAUACGGUUUACUAGGUGAUUACGGCGACUACUUCGACUAUGAUGACAAUUCGCGCCAUUCCCAUCGUUUUGGACACAAACGAAAAUUUCAUAAACCGCACAAGCCUUUCGGUCUUAUCGGAGGGUGUCGCGGUUAUGGCUGCGGAGAAUACGGCGGCCAUCACCACGGUGGGCAAGGAGCUUCCUUCGCAACAGCAUCAGCGGGGUCUGUAGGCGGAGGUCCUUACGGCGGAGGACACAGCCAAGCGAACGCGCAGAGCGCGAGCUUCAACUUCGGUCCGUACUCGGCCACGUUCAGCGUCGCUCAGUCCUCGUCACGCGGGGGAUUUUAAAAAAAUUUCACAUCGCAACCAACACUUCAAUGGGAGCGAGUAACGCGCUGACGAGCAAGUCCGUUUUUCUUCCGCAGAUGUCAGAAGCUACAGGCGGAUUCACCCCGAAAAAGCACCCCUAAUUUAUUUCCCCGUCAUCGAGCUCUGCCAUCAUCGUGGGCCCAUUGUUUACAAACAUUCUACGUCACUAGACGCAAGCAAAUAAGCCUAACCGCGUGCGCGUCAAAGCAGGACGGGCCACCCCCUUGCCUCCUGAGAUUUCCUGAGAGAGCAAGUUCCCUUUGUCCGCAUGCCAGCCACCAGAUGUUCCCAAAAUAAAACCGACAAAAUAUCGCGAGGUAGCGCCGCGCGAAUCGCGCGCGAGCGACGAGGAGCGAGGCUAAGUCCGACACGAGAGCGACAAGGACGAGGAGGGAUCGAGGAACGACGAGGAGGACGACGAUGACGACGACGAGAAGGAAGAAGAGGAGAAGGAGAAGAGGUGAGGCCGCGAGACGAAGGGUAAAGCUGGAUAAACGGCACAAAGGGAUAGGAAGCCAAGAGGAGGAGGACCUUGUAAAGAGCGAAGGGCCUGAAAUCGAGAUCCGAAAAGCCCCGUGCAAUGACCGGGCGAUCCUUCGCACAUGCGAUCCUCUCUAGAUCCUCCGAUUCACGAUACUCUCCUCUCGUUCUCUUUUCCCUUUCUCUCUUUUUCGAAGAGAGCCUCCUCCAGAAGGAGCGGUGCCCUAUCGAGGACGAACGCAUAGGAUGCGCUCGUCGAAGGGCGUCGCGAAUCUAUUUAUAGCGAGAGAGACUUUCCGAUCAUAAUUUUGUGAUUGUAUCAAUAUUAUUUAUAGCGACAGAUCUCCGAAUAACGUGUAAUAGUGGAAAGAUAUAACAGUGGAAAGAAUGAUUCACGAAGAAAAAACUUAUGUAAAUGUACUCGUGUAAGCCCCGACGGAUCAGUUGUACUUUGUUCGCGACGUGUUCGCUGAGAAAGCGAGUUCUUCUCUCAGUGCCAUUUGCAUAAAACGCUUGUAAAAGAACGACCACGUGUCUCGCCAAUGAAACGCACAACUCGAGAUUUGGUCUAAUCACUUGUUACUAAUUGAUGUUUUUUGACUGUUAUAUAAGAAUAAAUUAAAAAGAAAACCCGACCCAAUAAGAGCCUAAAUGGCGUUGUUCACUAACAAUAUUAUUUCUCAUGUCACUUAUGAAGUGACAUGUGAACCCCAGUUAAAAUUUUAGUCCUAAGUGCAAAAAAUGUCUAUAGAUUAAAUAAUUAUACUGUUAAAUAAUUAUUAUUGUUAAAUAACUGUAAUUAUAUUAUUAACUUGAAGAACAAUGUCGUUAGGCUCUUAUUGGCCGGUUUAUAUUUUUCAGUUAUUGUUAAACAUAAUUACAUCAUAUGUUCAGUUACAUGUAACACAAAUAAAUCAUCGCGUUUUUUAUGUUAUGGCGAGUUUGCACACCUA